ACCCAUCGUAAAACCCCUUCUUCCGCUUCACCCCUAAAAAUUCUAGAGAGAGAAAAACUCAAGAUUAUAGAGGAGAGAGAAAAUGGCGCAGAGGCUUACUUACCGUAAAAGGCAUAGCUAUGCCACUAAAUCUAACCAGCAUCGCAUCGUCAAAACUCCUGGUGGGAAGCUAGUUUAUCAGACUACCAAGAAGAGGGCUAGUGGUCCUAAGUGUCCUGUUACUGGCAAGAGAAUUCAAGGGAUUCCUCACUUGAGACCCACUGAGUACAAGAGGUCUAGAUUGCCUAGGAACAGAAGAACUGUUAACCGUCCCUACGGUGGAGUUCUUUCCGGUAGUGCUGUUAGAGAGCGGAUCAUUAGAGCAUUCCUUAUUGAAGAGCAAAAGAUUGUGAAGAAGGUUUUGAAGAUCCAAAAAACCAAGGAAAAGCAGGCUGGAAAGAGUUGAACUUAGAAGCCAUUUUUUCUGAUGGUAAAUUUUGGUGCUUCAGUGAAGCCAAUCAUGGGAAUGGGGAAUGUGAUGUGAGAUGUCUUGAUAAUUGGAUUUGUAUCUUACAGUUGGGUACUUUGAGCGUAGUUUCUAGUAGAACUUUGUCGACAACUCUGCUUUUCUGUGUUUGUUCCCUUGAAAAUUUUCUUGAUUUUAUGUCUAAUACAUCUAAGAUAAUUGUUUGUGCAA